CCACCCUACACAGAUCGGCAAAAAUAGAAAAAUAAUUUACAUUGAUCGGCAGAAUUAGGAACGAAAAAAAAGACUUUUUUACAAUUUCUUUUUUUUUAACCGAAAAAAAAUUGUGGUAAACAAAAUUAAUCUAUAUUAAAAAAUAUACGACUCAAUGCACCGUCAUCGCACCAAUCGAAUAAUGUGUAUUCCAUCUUAAUUAGACUUCAUUUUCAUAGUGAAACUUAACUUCUACAAAAUUUUAGUGCAAUUUUACGUGUAAACGGCAGAAUUAGGAAAAAAAAUACAUUGAUCGGCAAGCUUAAAUCCAAAGCAGAAUAAGAUAAAAUUUUACCCCUUUGCUAUUUUCACUGUUAUUGCGCCAUAACAGCUAAACAUUUUUCAAUCAAUUACACAUCAAUCGGUAGAGAAAUGUUUGCUCUACGCCGGAAAAAGAUUCAGCUCUCUAUGUCACUCCGAAGUUGAGUUAUUAAAGGUUUUCUGAAGGUGAUUUUUUUUUCGGCAGAAUUAAGUCCAUUGACUCUACAUUUCUUAUUCACUCCUACUCUGGUCUCAAUCAUUGAUUCAGUUUGUUUCAAUAUAAUAUAAAUCAAACAAAUAGAAAAGCUCAGAAACGUUUACUUCGAAUCCUCGUUUAUUAGAUGAUAGAGGAUUGACUAGUUAAUCCUUCUCCUCUAUUUAAAUAUAUUUUAGAUCGAUCAUUAUAGUAACGCUAAUAUAGACCAGACUAUAUUUUCAAAUAGUAAAUAUGCACGAUAAAAAGUAACGAUGUAUUCUUCAAUCUUGUAGCGGGGUGUGGUGGACGUGGGUGCUGGUGUGAGUAUUGGUAGGAUUGUGGGUAUGAACGCUGUUCAUAUUCUUUCUUAUUAACUAAUACCCCACAGCCACACGCACCCACACCCACACCCCAAAACUUGACUUGGGCGUCAGCAAAUAUAUGUGAUUAAAAAUGGUUUCUAACAAGAAGGAGAAUAAUUACAAUACUUCGUAAAGAUCAUCGUCUCAACCUAGUGAGCUCGGUCUUUUUGUUUGUAAUAGUUGAAAAAAACAACAUUCUUCUUACUGAGACAUGCAUAUUUUUCAAAGCACAUUAUUUUUUUCGUUACAUUGAUUUCAACAGAUUGUAAGACAUGAAUCUCAUUUUAUCUGAAGUACGUUUUUAUUACACUAAAGAACACAUUUUCAGAACUUGUAAACAUUUUCUUUGUUUGAACGUUUUGAUGAUUUCUUAAGAUAUUGAUCUUUUGACUAUAACAACGAGUUCUUCCUGAAUCAACACCAAUGUGUAUCAUAAGAACGCGUUACUAUUGACUGGAAACUUCUUCAUUAGUGGCGUGUUUAUCAAGGUAAAAAAUGCGUUUUUUUAUCAACAAAAAUGCGUUUAAACAUUUUUCUACACGUUCACCAUAAUGAGUUUGUUUUACAUAGGUAUGUGCCUCAUCUAAGUGAUUCUAUAGAUAAAUUGAUGUGAAUGAUCCAAUUUUUAAUGAUUGAAAAGUUUCAUGAAAAAUUUGUAAAAAUAACCUCUGUAGACAAAACUCUGAAAUCAAACUAUAUAAGCUUUUCUAAGAUCAAAGUGCAAUAGCAUCACACUAAAUUCUUCACUUUGUUCAUUUUACACCCACCUAAUUUUUAUCAGUAAUGAAAUCAUAUUUUUAGUUCUUUACUUUCUAUUAUCAAUAAGCUACAUUUUUACAAGUUUUCUUUUUAAUAAUUCCUAAAAUAAAACAAAUUCACUCGUUUUCUUUUUUAUUAAUGUGCUCUGAUUAUAUUUCGAUGAAUGACAUAUAGUUGUUACAUUUACCUUUAGACACUCACAUGUUUCUCUUUUUUUUCUUUCUACACUUGCCUACGCAUGCCCUUGACGAUAAAAACAAAAUAUUUCACGCUUUUUUUUUCGAAUAUCUCUAUAAAAUAUAUUGCCACGUUGGUAACUAUUAGUUUUAUUAUUGUUCUAUAUAUAUUUUAUCGUUUAUAUGAACAUUUUUUUCCAGCACCAAAUAUUAAUACAAAUGGUAAAUAUGUUCUUAUUAGUGGUUGCAAUGGUGGAUUUGGUCAUGGAUUAGCUAUUGAACUUGAUAAACAAGGAUUCAAUGUUUUUGCUGGUGUUUAUAUUCCUGACAGUAUAAUAUCUCUUA